CAUGCCUGGCAGCCCGGCCUGUGUGGGACACCCCCCCCCCCCCCCGGCCCUGCCACCAUUUUGAGCUGGGCGGCGAGAGGGGGAGAAAACUCCCGGCGCUGCCUGUGCAGUGAUGAAAAGCUUAAAAAAUGCAAAUUGCUGCAUGCAUGCCUGCUCCAUACAAUGAGGGGGGAGGCCGGCCGCUUGCCGCUCUGCUCUGCUCAGUCAGCCCCAGCCCAGCGCUGGCGCGGGGGGCUCCCCAGCUGUCGCCUCGCCCGGCCCCCCAUGCCACUGUCUGUUGGGUUUGAAGAUGCACCCGGCCCCAUCCCCUCGGCUGCCCUGAAAGAGCAGGCCUGAAGCAUGUGAUCGCUGACACCAUGGAGGAGGUGGACUCCCGGUCGCCAUCCCCACACAAGGCGGUGGACUCCAGCCCUGCCAGCUGUGCAGCCCUGCCGUCUCCCCCACUCCAGCAGGAGCCUCUGCCGUCCCCCCUGCCCGAGGAGCUGUCCCCUGGCGAGGGCGAAAACCCGGCCUUCAACGGAGAGCUGGACCUGCAGCGCUACUUCAAUGGGCCAGGGCCUGCACUGGGGGCAGGCGGGGGGCGCAAAGCCCGGCCCUACUCCUGCGCCGUCUGCGGCAAGCGCUUCCGCUUCAACAGCAUCCUAGCGCUGCACACGCGGAUCCACGCCAGCGAGACCCCCUUCACCUGCCCCUACUGUGGGCACCGCGCUGCCCAGCGCGGCCUCCUGCGACUCCACCUCCGCUCCCACCGCCCUGAGGCCUGCGCCCGCCUCAGCCACCAGAGCCGCCUGCUGCUGGAGCUGGAGGAGCGGGCACUGCUGCGGCGCGGCCCGCCAGCCGCCAGCGAGGGGGAGGAAGAAGAGGAGGAAGAGGAGGAGGAGGAGCCCCCCCCGCUGCCUAUCCCCCCGCCAGCCCCGCCCCCUGCCCCCCCGUCACCCCCACCGCCGCUGCCUCCCCCCAGCUUUCGCUGCCCCUUCUGCAAAGGCAAGUUCCGGACGGUGGGGGAGCAGGAGCGACACCUGCGGAUCCUGCACCAGCCCUACAAGUGUGGGCAGUGCCCCUUUGCUGCCGCCCAGGAGGGGGAGCUGCAGCGGCACAGCCGGGAAGCCCACCCCCCCCCAGCGCCCCCAGCCCCCGCCGCGCCGCCCCCCGCCGAGUUCCGCUGCCAGGUGUGCGGCCAGGCCUUCACCCAGUCCUGGUUCCUCAAGGGGCAUAUGCGCAAACACAAGGACUCCUUCGACCACAAGUGCCAGGUCUGCGGGCGCUGCUUCAAGGAGCCCUGGUUCCUCAAGAACCACAUGAAGGUGCAUCUCAGCAAGCUGGGGCUGAAGGGCGAGCGGGGUGCGGCCGUGCCGGCGGCCGGCGGGAAGCCCAAGGCGCCUCGGGGGCUGCUGCUGGGCUAUGAGGCCCUGUACCCUGCCUUCCUGCCGCCCCCGGACAAGGCCGAGCAGGGCUCCUUCCUGGGCUACCUGGAGCUGCGCCCACCAGGAGACGCCAGCUGCGCCGAGCGGCUCCAGGCCACGGCCCGAGCAGUGGAGAGUGGGCAGGAGGCGGCUUCCCAGCUGUGGGGCGAGCGCCGGCGGCACAACAGGGGUGAGGCGGCCAGGGAGGAGGGUGGCGCCAGCGUGGGGCAGCACCGCUGCCCCGACUGCGCCCGGGCCUUCGCUACCUACCAGCAGAUGGCCCUGCACACCCGCAGCCACCGGCCCCAGGAUAGUGAUUGGGCCAGGGGCCGGGCCCUGGGGGCGCUGGCUUCGCUCCACGCAGCAGCGGGACACGGGCUGCCCACGGAUGGCGGGGGCGGCUCCAACGCAGGCACCGGCUGGGGCACGGCCCUACCCAGCCCGGGGACACAGGAGGAGAAGGGGCUGCGCAGCGGGGCCCUGCGUCCGGAUGGGGGCCGCAGCAUGUCAGGCAAAGACUGUCCGUACUGCGGGAAAACCUUUCGCUCCUCCCACCAUCUCAAGGUGCAUCUGCGUGUCCACACAGGCGAGCGCCCGUACAAGUGCCCACACUGCGACUACGCUGGCACCCAGUCUGGCUCUCUCAAGUACCACCUGCAGCGCCACCACCGCGAGCAGAAGAACAGUGCUGGUACAGGCGCAGCCGGGGCCUUGGAGCCACGGGGCCGCACCACCCCCAGUGCCCCCGCCAAGCCACCCGCCUUCCCGCCGGAGCUGCUGCUGCAGGCAGCUGAGAAGUACCGCGGGGCCUUCCUGCCGCAGGCCUGGGGCACGGCUAGCCAUGAGCCCCCGGCCCGGCCAUCCCGCCGCAAGCCGGCCUGCACUGGCCGAGCCCUACGCAAUGGCCGGGCCGACUUCGAGCCGCUGGACCUGUCGCUGCGGCCGGCGCUAGAGGGGGUGCCGCCUGGUGAGCUCACCCUGCACCGAUGCCUCUUCUGCCCCUUUGCCACCUCCGCGCCUGAGCUCAUGGCCCUGCACCUGCAGGUCCACCACAGCCGCAAGGCCCGGGGGCGCCGCUCUGUCAUGGCCCCCCCCGUACGGCCCCACGCCUGCCUGGGGCAGGACGGGGAGCAGCCCCCACUGCACCCCCAGGAUGAGGGGCCUGGAGUUGGGGAGGAGCCCCCCACCGCUGUGGCCCACAUGUCCCAACGGCCCCCUGGAGCCCCCAUGGACACGGAGCCGAGUGAGAGGCAAGGGGAGCUGGAGCUGGAUUCUCCGUCCCAGGCUUUCUGGAGGGAGCGCAGGGAGGAGGUCACAGAGCCCCAGGGCUGUGAGGAAGGGAAGGUUUCAUGUGGCGACUGUCCAGAAGGAUGCUCUGUCCCCCUGCCGGACCCGGCGUCCUGGGUGGAAGGGGAGAACGUGUGGGUGCUGGAGCUGCAGCCCUACGGCGAUCCCAGUGGUGACGAAGCGGUAAAGCUGGAGCCGCAGGGGCCGUUCCUGAGAAGCUCUGUGAAGGCUGUAAAGCAGGAGACGCUGAAGCCAGGCAUAGCAGGGAUGCCGGAGCCGGAGGGGCCGUUCCUGAGAAGCUCUGUGAAGGCUGUAAAGCAGGAGACGCUGAAGCCAGGCAUAGCAGGGAUGCCGGAGCCGGAGGGACCGUUCCUGAGAAGCUCUGUGAGGGCUUUAAAGAAGGAGAUGCCCGAGCCAGGCAUAGCAGGGAUGCUGGAGCUGGAGGGACCAUUCCUGAGAAGCUCUGUGAGGGCUUUAAAGCAGGAGAUGCCUGAGCCAGGCAUAGCAGGGAUGCUGGAGCCGGAGGGACCAUUCCUGAGAAGUGCUGUGAGGGCUUUAAAGCAGGAGAGGCCCGAGCCAGGCAUAGCAGGGAUGCUGGAGCCGGAGGGGCCGUUCCUGAGAAGCUCUGUGAGGGCUUUAAAGCAGGAGAGGCCCGAGCCAGGCAUAGCAGGGAUGCUGGAGCCGGAGGGGCCAUUCCUGAGAAGCACUGGAGAGAACAUUCCCUGGAUCCCGGAGCAGGGCAGAGCUGGUGGGAACCAGCACCGGGCAGAGAGGAGGAACCCUCCACGGAGGAGGCAGGGUAAGAACAGCCGCUAUGACCCCCUGCCGGGGAGGCAAGGGGGCAGCCCCCUGCGGGACAUCACUGUGCCCCAGAGCGCAGCUGCAGGGGGGCCACCCCACACGUGUGCCACCUGUGGAAAGAGUUUCAGCCGCCGCUCCAAGCUGAGCUCCCACCAGAGGAACCACACUGGAGACAAACCCCACAGCUGUGGGGACUGUGGGAAGGGCUUCCUGUGGCGCUCGGACCUGCUCCGGCACCAGCUCAUGCACACGGGGGAGCGUCCCCACCACUGCUCCCAGUGUGGCCGUGGCUUCAGCCGGGCCUCGCGGCUUCUGCAGCAUCAGAGAGUCCACAUGGAAGCCAGCCACGGAACGGAGGGCAGCCCGGUGCCGAAUGUGUUGCAGGGAGUACACGGGGAGCCUGGCAAUGGAGUGGGGCAGAGCCCGGGGCUGAGCGAGGGCCAGAGAGUCCAUGCGGAGCCUGGCCACGGAGUGGGACGGAGCCCAGGACUGAAUGUGGGGCUGGGAGUCCACUUGGAUCCCCGCCAUGAGGUGGGGCAGAGCCCGGGGCUGAGUGAGGGCCAGGGAGUCCACGUGGAGCCUGGCCACGGGGUGGGGCAGAGCCUGGGGCUGAAUGAGGGGCUGGGAGUCCACACAGAGCCGGACCACAGAGUGGGGCAGAGCCUGGUGCUGAAUGAGGGCCAGGGAGUCCACGCAGAGCCUGGCCACGGAGUGGGGCGGAACCUGGGGCUCAGUGAGGGCCAGGGAGUCCAUGCGGAGCCUGGCCAUGGAAGAAUUCAUGCAGAACCCUGCUAUGGCACUGAGGGACCCGCGGCCCAGAGCCUGGAGCUGAUUGUGGUGCAGAGAGUCCAUGGGGAGCCCUGCCAUGGAGCAGAGGGGAGCUCAGCCCUGAUUACCCUGCAGGGAGUCCACGGGGAGCCCUGCCACGGCACCGAGCAGAACCCGGCACUGCAUGCAGUGCAGACAGUCCACGGGGAGCCCUGCCACGGCACCGAGCAGAACCCGGCACUGCAUGCAGUGCAGACAGUCCACGGGGAGCCCUGCCACAGCACCGAGCAGAGCCUGGCACUGAGUGCAGUGCGGACAGUCCAUGGGGAGCCCUGCCACGGCACCGAGCAGAGCCCGGCACUGUGUGCAGUGCAGACAGUCCACGGGGAGCCCUGCCAAGGCACUGCGCAGAGCCAGGCACUGCAUGCAGUGCAGACAGUCCACGGGGAGCUCUGCCACGGCACCGAGCAGAGCCCAGCACUGAAUGCAGUGCAGACAGUCCAUGGGGAGCCCUGCCAAGGCACUGAGCAGAGCCAGGCACUGCAUGCAGUUCAGACAGUCCACGGGGAGCUCUGCCACAGCACCGAGCAGAGCCCGGAUCUGCAUGCAGUGCAGACAGUCCACGGGGAGCCCUGCCAAGGCACCGAGCAGAGCCCAGCACUGCGUGCAGUGCAGACCGUCCACGGGGAGCCCUGCCAUGGAGUAGAGAGUCCCAUAGCCCAGAGCCUGGCGCUGGCUGCGCUGCAGAGUCUCCAGGCUGGAGAGGCUCAAUGUGUCAUUGCUGAGCGAGGGGGAGGCCUGGCCGAGACCCCACCAUCCUCCGUGGCCUUGGUGCAGGAGAAUCCCUUCCAAUGUCCCGAGUGCCGAAAGUGCUUCAGCCGCAGCUCGUACCUGGUGAAGCACCGCCGGAUCCACGGGGCGGGGAAGCCCCACCAGUGCCCCCAGUGUGGCAAGUGCUUCAGCCAGCGCUCAUACCUCUGCAAGCACCGCCGGAUCCAUGCCGCAGCAGCCGGCAAACCCCACGAGUGCGCGCUGUGCGGCAAGCGCUUCAGCCUUCGUCCCUUUAACGAGGGCGAGGGCCUGGAGCCUCCCCCUCCCGCCAGAGGUCACGCCCUGGCUUGCUGCUGCCGGGCCCGGGAGCACCAGGCACUAGUCAUGGAGUCUCUGGUGGCGGACGAGCGCCGAGCUCUGGCUGAAGCCGGCACCACACUCAUGGCAGGUGAAGGGCCGUUCCCCAGUGUGGACGUGCUGGUGCCGGAGCAGCGCGGAGCUGACGGCGAAGCAGCGUCCGCACUCAGCGCAGCGGAAGGGAGCCUCCCCGGAGUGCCUGCGGCGGUGCUGGCGGAGGGUGGCGUGGGCGGCGAAGGUGGCCCCGCAGUCCCGGCAGGGGAAGGGGCGCUGGCCGGCGUGCAGGCGCUGGUGAUGCUGCAGGGUGGCGGCCCGAGUGAAGCCCUUGCCGCAGUCGGAGCACUCGAAGGGGCGCUCGCCUGUGUGCAGCCGGCGGUGCUGGAUCAGUGCGGUGGCCUGGGCGAAGCGCUCCCGGCACUGCCCACAGCGGAAGGGGCGCUCGCCAGUAUGGGUGCGGCAGUGGGCCGCCAGGUGGGCGUUGCGGGCGAAGGCGGCCCCACAGUCCUGGCAGGCGAAGGGGCGCUCGCCGGUGUGGGAACGCUGGUGGCGCAGCAGGUUGGAGCUCUGGCUGAAGCCCCGGCCGCACUCGGCACAGCGGAAGGGGCGCUCCCCGGUGUGGGACUGGCGGUGCCGGGCCAGGUCGGCUUUGGUGCCGAAGCGCCGGUCACAGUCGCUGCAGCGGAAGGGGCGCUCACCGGUGUGGGUGCGGCGGUGCUGCACCAGGUUGGCGUUCUGGGUGAAGCGCUUGCCGCACUCGGCGCAGGCAAAGGGGCGCUCACCGGUGUGGGUCCGCUCAUGCUUCACCAGGCGGGCGCUCACGGUGAAGCCGCGGCCGCAUUCGGCACACACCUUUUGGACUGGGGCCGGGGGGACCAAGGGGACCUGGCCCGCGGGAGCCCCCGGAUGGUGCAUGAGGGGGAUGUGGAGGGCGCAGAGCAGAGCCACAUCAAUAACUGGAGCGGCCUGGAGACCAGCCUGUCGGGAGAGGCGGGCACAGCUCACUCUGCUCAGCCCAUCCCCAAGCAGCCAGAGCGGAGACUCGCUCGCACUGUCCAAGGCCCAGCCCAGGGCAGAAUCCCCCGGAGCGGAGAACGCCAGAGGAGCCGGGGCCUGGCUCGGAAGCCAGACCGAGCCAAAGCAGAACUAAGGCACCGGGUCCCCCAGUGCCGAGCCUGGAUGUGCAGGGAGGUGGCCAGGGGCAUCUGCCAGGCAGAGCGGACCCCGUACGGAGACCCAGUGCGGGAAGACAUGCAGGAGCCCAAGUUCACAGCUGCUGUGGCAGGCGACGGAGCCAUGAGUGAGAGCGAGGAGGGGGCUCCCUGCCUGGACAGGAUCAGGCCAGAGAGCGAGGAGGGGGUUCCCCGCCUGGAUGGGAUCGGGACGGAGAGCCAGGAGGGGGCUGGGACAGUGGAGCCACAGGGGAACGCUUGCUGGAGCCAGCAGCAGACUGAGGGGCAGCAGGGCAUCGGCCGUUUCGAGGUGGGACCAACAAUCUGUGCCGAGUGCGGGGAGAGCUUUGGGGAUGAUGUGGCUCUGCUGGCCCACCGGGGGACGCCCUGCAGAGGUGCGGUAGCGAAGCCGUUUGGCUGUUCCGGCUGUGGGCGGCGGUUCAGCCGCAGCUCCAACCUGCUGCGCCACCAGCGGGUACACACAGGCGAGCGCCCCUUCACCUGUGCUGACUGCGGCCGGUGCUUCAGCCAGAGUGCUCACCUGGCCAAGCAUCGGCGCCUCCAUGGCACCGCGGGGCUCCCCACCCCGCCAGCGGAGCGCAGCUACAGCCGCAGCCCCGAAUUCCUGCGGUUCCAGCGGGCCCACGCCGGGCAGCGCCCCUUUGCCUGUCCUGACUGCGGCAAGCGCUUCAGCGCUGGCUCCUCCCUGGUGCAGCACCAGCGCAUCCACACGGACGAGCGCCCUUUUCCCUGCCCCGACUGUGGCAAGCGCUUCCUGCGGGCCCCGGACCUGGCGCUGCACCAACGCAUCCACACGGGCGAGCGCCCCUUCCCCUGCCCUGACUGCGGCCGGCGCUUCAUCCGUGGCCCCGACCUGGCGCUUCACCGGCGCACCCACACCGGGGAGCGCCCCUACCAGUGCAGCCAGUGUGGGCGCCGGUUCAGCCGCGGGCCCGGCCUCCUGCUCCACCAGCGCACGCACACCGGGGAGCGCCCCUACCAGUGCACCCAGUGCGGCCGCCACUUUAGCCGCAGGUCCAACCUGGGCCGCCACCUGGCCACCCAUAGCAUGCUGCGGGGGGACCCCACCCCAGGGGGAGAGCCCAGUGCAGAGACCCUCAGGCAGCAGGGAAUCGCUGCAGAGGGGGGGGAGUCCCAAGGGGUAAAGGGGCGGAGCUCAGAGGCUGUGACUCAGCAGGGAAUCCCUGUGGAGGGGGAGGAGUCCCAAGGGCUAAAGGGGCGGAGCUCAGAGGCUGUGACUCAGCAGGGAAUCGCUGCAGAGGGGGGGGAGUCCCAAGGGCUAAAGGGGCGGAGCUCAGAGGCUGUGACCCAGCAGGGAAUCCCUGCAGAGGGGGAGGAGUCCCAAGGGUUGAAGGGGCGGAGCUCAGAGGCUGUGACCCAGCAGGGAAUCCCUGCAGAGGGGGAGGAGUCCCAAGGGCUGAAGGGGUGGAGCCCAGGCUCCCUGGUGGCUCCCCUGGCGAAGCGCCACGGCUGCCCGGACUGUGGGAAGGGCUUUGCCCAGCGCUCACACCUGCUGGUUCACCGGCGGGUGCACACCGGGGAGCGCCCCUUUCCCUGCCCAGAGUGCGGCAAGCGCUUCAGGCAGAGCUCGGUGUUGGCCCGGCACCGGCGCACCCACACGGGCGAGCGCCCCUUCGCCUGUGGGGACUGUGGCCGGCGCUUUGCGGAGAGCGCGGUGCUGCUCCGGCACAGGGCUGUGCACUCCGGCGAGCGCCCCUACUCCUGCAUGGACUGCGGCCGGGGCUUCAGCCUCCGUGCUAACCUCCUCCAGCACCGGCGGCUCCAUGCCCGGCGCCCCCAUGUCUGCACUGACUGCGGCAAGGCCUUCAGCGAGGCUGCAGCUCUGGCUGCCCACCAGGGCACCCGGCAUGGGGCCGGCAAACCCUUCGCCUGCACCGGCUGCGGCAAGCACUUUGGUCGCAGCUCCACGCUGGCUCGGCACCAGCGCAUCCACGCUGAGCGGCCCCACGAAUGUGCCCGCUGUGGCCGCAGAUUUGGGGAGAGUGCCGAGCUGGCGCAGCACCUGCGGGUGCACAGCGAGACCCCCUACGAGUGCGCCCGAUGCGGGGAGCGCUUUGCCCAGAGCCACGCGCUGAUCACACACCAGGCCUUCCACGCCGAGCCAAGCCACGGACAGCGCCACACUGCCCAUGCCCACCAGUCCCCGCUCGCCAAGCAUGAGGACAGUAUCCUGCCCAAGUCCCCAGCUGUGUCCCACCAGAGACUCCACACGGGAUAGGAGCCAGGACAGAGCCCCGGACUCCUGGCUCCCAGUGCCCCCCCAACCCAUUAGAUCUCAUGCCCCUCCUAGAGCCAGGGAUAGAACCUAGGAGUCCUGGCUCCCAGCACCCCCUGCUCUGACCACUAGACCAGGG